AUGUUGAGGACGAGACUUUCUAAUUGGGGUCUAUGGAGGUCCUACUACACGUCAUCGCUUAGUAGAGUGCCUAGAGCACCUCCAGAUAAAGUCUUGGGAUUAUCUGAACACUUCAAGAAGGUAAAAAAUGUUAACAAAAUCGACCUGACAGUAGGAAUAUAUAAAGACGGUUGGGGCAAAGUGACAACGUUUCCCUCCGUUGCCAAAGCUCAAAAAUUGAUUGAGUCUCAUUUAGAACUGAAUAAAAAUCUCUCAUAUUUACCAAUAACAGGUUCUAAAGAAUUUCAGGAAAACGUUAUGAAUUUUCUGUUCAAGGAAUCAUGUCCGCAGUUUGGCCCGUUUUAUUUAGCUCAUGAUAGAAUCAGCUUUGUUCAGACUUUAAGUGGUACCGGCGCCCUAGCUGUAGCAGCUAAAUUCUUGGCAUUAUUUAUUUCAAGAGAUAUUUGGAUACCUGAUCCAUCGUGGGCAAAUCAUAAAAACAUCUUUCAGAACAACGGUUUCGAAAACAUUCAUCGGUAUUCCUAUUAUAAGGACGGCCAGAUAGAUAUUGACGGAUGGAUUAAGCAGUUAAAGACCUUUGCAUAUAACAACCGGGUAGAAAACAACAGGAAUCCACCCUGUAUCAUCUUGCAUGCGUGCUGUCACAACCCUACAGGUCUCGACCCAACAAAAGAGCAAUGGAAAGAAAUUAUAGAUACUAUAUAUGAGCUAAAAAUGGUACCCAUUAUUGAUAUGGCUUACCAGGGUUUAGAAUCUGGUAACUUGUUAAAGGAUGCAUAUUUAUUGAGACUAUGUCUCAAUGUAGAUAGAUAUCCAAAUUGGAGCAAUGGUGUUUUUCUUUGUCAAUCUUUUGCCAAAAACAUGGGGCUUUAUGGUGAGAGAGUUGGUUCCCUAAGCGUUAUCACACCUGCCACUGCAAACAACGGAAAUUUCAACCCUCUACAGCAGAAAAGCUCAUUGCAGCAAAACAUUGACUCGCAAUUGAAAAAAAUUGUCAGAGGUAUGUACUCCUCUCCACCAGGGUAUGGUUCUCGUGUGGUAAAUGUUGUAUUAUCAGAUUUCAAAUUGAAGCAGCAAUGGUUCAAGGAUGUUGAUUUCAUGGUUCAGAGAUUGCAUCACGUCAGAAAGGAGAUGUUUGACCGUCUAGGUUGGCCUGAUCUAAUAAAUUUUGCACAACAGCACGGUAUGUUUUACUAUACAAGAUUCAGUCCAAAGCAAGUUGAAAUACUGAGAAACAACUUCUUCGUUUAUUUAACAGGUGAUGGUAGAUUGUCACUUAGCGGGGUGAAUGACUCAAAUGUUGAUUACUUAUGUCAAUCUCUUGAAACAGUUUCGAAAAUGGACGAACUCGCAUAG